AGGAGUGUUAUUUCAGAAGUCUGAAGAAGUUGUACGUAAAAGUUAGAAUAACAAUGACAAAAAUUACAAUCAUAAAUUGCAUCAUUGCAGCUGUUUGCAUUUUUCAAACAGCAGAAGCAGGACUUCUUGAUAAAUCACUGAUAGGUUCUAUAUUGGGUACUGUGCAAGACCAAGUUGAAAACAUAAAAGAAGUGGGAAAGGUAGGAAUCCAAAAAGGACAGGAAGCUAUUAAUGAUUUAACAAAUAGUCAGGUGGACCAAACAAAUGUUUCAACAUCUACGCCAUGCACUGAUGUACGCAAUAAAAUUCAAGGUGCUGUCGAGCAUGUAAUGAAGACUUUUGAUACGUGCAUUGUACAAAAAGCUAAUUCAGCUGAUAUUGAAAAAUUCACCAGUAAAAUAAAUAAUCUGCAAACAAAUAUAUCAAAGAACUUUCAAGAUGCUUCAAGUUGUUUACGAAAUCCUUUAGAUAUUUCAUGCUUCCGUAGUGUUAGAGAAAACUUUUUCAAACUAAUUCCCUUAAUAGAAGAGGCUGUAAAUGCGGCAUUUAAUCUCAUCGGAAUGUUUCCCAAUAUGAGAAUAUGCUUUGAAACAGGAAUUCAUCAAUUAUCCGACCAGGUUACGAGUCAAAUCACUAAAAAUAUAGGACAAUGUGUCCAAAGUUUUAUGCCAUCAUUUAAAUUAUAAAUUAUUUAUGGAUUAAUAUAACUC